ACCGAAUACAAGUACCAACUACCAGUUAAUAGUACCGAGGGAGCUUCGUACAUGUCAAUUAUGGCGACGCCUAAAGGAUCCGAACUCAACAAAAUCAUUUGUUGGAACUUGGGAACGAACGUCUGCUACGUCCCAGACGAAGAGAAAACGUACCCCAUUGCGGUCGUUUCUUGUCCUCCUAAAUCAACAAUAGUCGGUUUCAAGGGUGAGAGCUUCAACUACGAAGGAAACAAGUACGUGGCAAACGUAGGAAUUUAUUGCGGGUCCACUAUAAAUACCCCUAGUUUUUCUUCUACAGGAUCCAUAUCUCUUACCAACUCUUCUUCCGUAGUUAUCCCAGCAGGUUUCCAACAAAAAAUAGUCUUAAACACGCGAGGCUUAGGAAUCAACGACGCGUACUCUAACGUGAUAUUCAACUGCCCCUCCUAUCUGGAAAGCAUACAAGGAUUGAACAGUGAACUAGGCUGUUUCUAUCUGAGAAUUCCUACUGCUGUUGAACCAAACGAACAAUUCCAAGUUCAGUACUACGUUUUCCCAUCCGCAAGCAACAUGCAAAACGGCACAACUGCUGGUCAAAACUCUAUGCUGCCGGCGGUUACUGGACCCGACAACGGAUCCCAAGUUUUUUUCUUCUACAGUAACUUUUGCGUCGAGUCUCUACAGUCGACUGCCUUGCCAAGAAAAGUUGAAGGCAAUUGCCCAGUUGGAAUAAAAACUGACUACCUCGAAUCUCCAGUUGGGUACUGCCUUGAAAUUGUGAAUAAGGAGUGUCCAAACGUUUCCAAUGUAGUGCUCUUCCCGGGAGCUAAUCUUUCCCUCUCAAACGAACCUUUGCUCGUAGAAAUAAGCUGGGUCUAUGAAAAUUCAAGCGAACCGGAAGCAGGUGACUGUGCUGCAAUCGGACUGUUUAGCGACACCUCUGAAACUUUCUCCGGCUAUGGUUCCUAUGCUCCUUCCAAUUCUAGCGGUCUCGCUAUCUACAGUCAAUUUAAACCCGGAACUUAUCCAGCUAUUCAGUAUAACGAUAGCUUGAACUAUUCAACCACUCCGCUUUCCAAAGCGUCUUACGGUUCCUGUUACACUUACACCCAAAUCAAAUUGACGGACAGCACAGUCGCAGUUUUUACGGCCCAAAACUCGAGUCAAGCGUACACUGCAAACCCACCAGAGAACGAUCUUCUCAAGGUGAUUAGUUCCCAAGUCAGUAUUUCUUCCGAACCUCCUACAGGAUUGUGGAUCGGGUCGUCUAAUGGAAGUCUACAGAGCUCUCAAAUUUUUUUCUGGGUCAGAGCGCGGUCCGGGCUGCCUCAGAUGACUCAGGAAUAAAUUGGAAAAAGGGGGUGCGCAACUGUGGACCGGAUUGCGAAUCCCGUUUCCAGCCCGUCUUGCUCUUUAAAACCGGAGCUUCGUCAUUUUUAUUUCUCGGUUGGAGAUGUUGAAUAGAGUCGUUUGCAUAAAUUUCUUUCAUUUCUUUUUUUCUUCUGGUAGGGUGUGAAGGCGAACG